ACAAGCUCAGAGCAUUCCGAUCCAGCACCGCCGCCGCCAACACCACAGCAUCUCGUCGACGGAGAGGUAGCAAGCAAGAUGGCCGGAAGGAAGGGUGGCGACAGGAAGAAGGCGGUGACCAGGUCCGUCAAGGCUGGGCUCCAGUUCCCCGUCGGCCGCAUCGGGCGCUACCUCAAGAAGGGCCGCUACGCCCAGCGGGUCGGCUCCGGCGCCCCCGUCUACCUCGCCGCCGUCCUCGAGUACCUCGCCGCCGAGGUCCUGGAGCUUGCCGGCAACGCGGCCAAGGACAACAAGAAGACCCGCAUCAUCCCGCGCCACCUGCUGCUCGCCGUCCGCAACGACCAGGAGCUCGGCAGGCUGCUCGCCGGCGUGACCAUCGCCCACGGCGGCGUCAUCCCCAACAUCAACUCCGUGCUGCUCCCCAAGAAGUCGCCCGCCGCCGCAGAGAAGGAGGCCAAGUCGCCCAAGAAGAAGACCUCCACCAAGUCUCCCAAGAAGAAGACGGCCGCCACCAAGGAGUAGCCGCCCCGUAGCCUAUCUGACCCUUAGUUCCGUAUCAGGGAGAAGAUGAUGUGACUUUUGGUUUAUUGGAUCCUGUGUGUAAAUGCUAGUCUGUAGUGGCUGUUUCAUUAGUUCGAUGAACAAGCCAGUAAGGACUGUAUUUUACAUGUGAUUUAGUAUGUGAUGAAUGGCUAAAGAUGUGACCCUUUCAAUCA